AUGUCGCGCGAUCGUCUCAGGGAAGCACGCAACCAGCAGUACGGUCAAGGGAAUGCAGGAGGAUACGGACAGCCGCAACAGCCCGCUUACGGUGGAGCUGUCGGGGGAGGCGGCGGUGCGGGCGGGUAUGGGGGCGGACCCGGCUACGGUCAGACGCAGGGCAGCUACGGCGGUGGAGGGUAUGGCGGCUACGACUCCCAACCUUCCGCCUACAACCAGGCUCCCGCACCCUCGGCCUACGGCGCGCCCAACUCCUACGCUCCUCCUGUCGGACAGGGCGACGCCUACGCCAUGCAACCGUUGAACGGUGGCGCCGGCCGCGCGAACGGGAGUCUGAUCGGACCGGACUUGGGUCCCUUCUUCGCGGAGGUCGAGUCGAUUCAGGACGACAUCAAAGGACUCCACUCGAACAUCAACGGCGUCUCUGAACUCCAUUCCCGCCGCCUCGCCUCGACCGACGAUGCGACGCAGUCCAACACCGCCGCUCAGCUCACCCAGCUCACGAACCAGACCACCGGUCUGACGAACCAGAUCCGGCAGCGCAUACUCAAGCUCAACGAGGCGAACCGGCAGAGUCCGCAGGGCGACCAGGGUUUCAACACGCGGAAACUCCAGAUUGCCAACCUGCAGAAUUCGUUCAAGCGCGCGCUUGAGGAGUACAACAUGGUGGAGAAGAGGAGCAGGGAGAAGUACCGCGACAGGAUGGCCAGGCAGAUCAAGAUUGUCAAGCCCGACGCGACCGACGCCGAGAUCAAGGCCGCCUGGGAGGACUCCCAAGGCGGUGCUCAGAUCUUCUCGCAAGCUGGCGCUCGCGCUGCCUUCGCCGAAGUGCAGUCGCGCAACCAGGACUUGCGAAAGAUUGAGGAGACGAUCACGCAGCUCGCGCAGAUGAUGCAGGAUAUGGCGACGCUGGUCCUCGAGCAGGACGAGUCGGUCAAGUUGAUCGAGACGCAGGCUGUGCAGGUCAACACGGAUGUCGAGCAUGGUCUCGAGCAGACGAAGAAGGCGGUCAAGAGCGCCAGGAGGGCGAGGAAGAUGCGCUGGGCGUGCUUCUUCAUCAUCCUUGCGAUCAUCAUCGUCGUUGUCGUCGUGGUGGUGGUCGAAGUGUUGAAGAACCAGGCCUGUCCCUUCCCUCGAAUCUCCCCUAUGUCGUCGUGCUCUCGCUGUGUCGCGACUUGA